AUGCCACCACCUAAAAACCCAUCACGAGGAUUCUCAUUCUUCGGCCUCGGCGGUGGCGGAAAUUUCAGCAAUUCCAAGAAAGCUGAUCAGGUGCCGCCACCGGCGCUGAAGCUAGAGACUGACAGAGACGUAUAUAGACCCGGUGAUCCAGUAACUAUCACAAUUGAGAUCGCAAACCCUCCGGGUGGUACAUUUUCGCUUCUAGUCGAGAGGCUUAGUUUUGAGAUCAAAGGGAUCGAGAAGUUGGAUUCGCAAUGGUUUUCCACUGCCAAGCCCACCCAAGAGUCUAAACAAAGAAGAGGUGAGUAUGUUUUCAUGGAGUGCUCAACACCAUCAAUAGUUUCAAAUCAGAUUCUUUCAGCUGGGGCCACUAAAAAAUGUUUGGGAAGUUCCUUACGAUAUCUAGAAUCCAUUUGUCUAAGAGAAGGGGCUUCAUUUCUGUUCCUCAAGGAGGCGACUAUGCUUGUUGGAGUUAGAAUCAAGGUUAUUUCAAAGCUUGGAGUGGCUGUUAGUGAUAGGAUAAAGCUUCAGAGGCUAUAUGGUGGGAUGAAAUUUCGAUAUAACCAUCGAGAUGUAGAAGAUGAUGACGUGGUUAGGGAUUCAUUGUGUGGCUUAGAAGGGUAG